AUGUCUGUGUGUGUGUCCGCGUGCCGGAUGUGGUGGCCAUCGGUGGUGGCGAACGGCAUCCGAAUGAAUGGAUUCAAUGAAAUAUGUCAAAACUCUUCGUCUACUGAUAAUGACUUAGCGUUUACUUCGCAAGACUUGAACGAUUUGGCCAUAAGAAUAGGCGCCGAUUUAGGUCUUCCGGAUAUUAAUGACAUCCAUGUGGUGGACGAGUCCGUCAAUCACGACAUUCUGGCGAAUGUGGAUCAGAGUCAAGAGCACAUGAACCGCGAAGGGGACAUAGAUAUGGACACCAUUGUGAUCGAGACGAUCAAUGAGGUGGACAUGAGUGACGCCAUUGUCUUCGGCAAUGUGGGCAACGAUGUGACCAUUAGUUCCAGCAAUCCGUUCGACAGACAAAGUAUUGGUUCAUUUGUUUAA